AACCCCCAGCCAGCAAAAGUCUCUCUCAGGUGCCGCACUCUAUACUGAGUGUGUGCUUUUAAAAUUCUGCCCGAUAAUCUCCUUAUGCCUCUCAUGGGCACAUUUUAAGAAUUAUUUUUCUGUGACGUAAGUCAACAAACCUACAACCUACUCUGUUGGGGUGAUUUGAGGUGCCCCUUCCUAUGUGGGGAUCUCCUCAAGCCCCAUCUGGUGACCCUAUCUUCUGGUGAGGACCGUCUUUAUCAUUCCCAGGAGAAACCCUGGUCUCUGCGCCCUGUCCAUGCCUCUGUGGGCUGCGCCCCGCCCGGCGCCCCAAGGCACACCAGUUGCGGGUCGCAGUGCCAUCCCAGCUGCCAGCCUGGGCUCGGGCUGCCUCCGCACCAGACUCCAUGCUGCCUGCCCGGAUUUAAAAGUUUGGCAGUGAGAAGUAUCAGCGAGGGUGAGGAAAAUGGCAGACAUCACACCCAGAACUGAAGUCCAGCUCAAACCACAAAAUGAGAUGGGGCCACCUCGCUGAGUGGAAGAUGUCUCCGAAGACUGUGACUCACAAAUUCCUUCCAGUUUCCAAGAAGUCAGAUGUAAUUGUCGUCCUUGCUCUUCUACAGGUGCUGUUCGACAAGUGACGGCUGGCUCUGCCAUGGGUGGCGCCCGAACAGGGACCUGAAUACAGGGGGCCAUAGUGAAGGACACCGUGGAUCGUGAGCUCGGAUAAGUAAAUUAAGGCCGGUGAAUACGCUCGGGAGUAACAAGAUGGGUAUUGGUAAUAACCGAAUGCUUUUUGAACAUAUGCUUAAAAAUGUGCUUUGCGCUUGUGGAGCAAAGGUAGGGCAUCAACACUUAUGUAAUUUUUUAGAAUUUGUAGAGAAAGUUUGUCCUUGGUUCUCUGAAGAAGGCACAGUAGAUUUUGAAGUAUGGAAUAAGGUGAGAAAGCGACUUCAGGAUUAUUACGAUGGUCAUGGACCCACUAAUAUCCCUAUAGAUGCUUUUAGUUUAUGGGCUUUAAUUAGAGAUAGUUUGGAUCCUCGGUAUGAGGGAGAGAGGGUUGAAGGACCCUCCUCAAGUCCUUCCUCAGAGGAGCCUGACAAGGCUGGUGUUCCCGAGGUUGUCCCUCCGCCUCCUAUGGAAAGUGAAACUAAGCCAUCUGUUCCACCAGUAUAUGCUGAUGCAGAGCCUGCACUAAGGAAGGGUUUUUUUCCGGAUGAGGGACCCCUAAACCUGGGAGAUGCUGAUGAUUUGGAAGAAGAGGCUGCUAGGUAUAACAAUGAGGAUUGGCUCCCCCCCUCCCUAUUGUAGCCGUGGCCAGGAAAACCAAAAAAUCCAGACAGCCAGCGAAUGAGGACGUGACCGAAAGGAUUACUAGAUUGGAAAAGAGAUUGGAGUCUCUUUGUCAGCAGUGGCAGACAGGCUUAACGGUGGAAGAGGAAGACCAGAAUACUCAGGGCGAGGGAGGAAUAGUUCCUAGUAUAAUUGCUGGUCUUGAUCCCCUGCCGGUUGCAGGUCCAAGAUUAAUGAAAAAAACUGACCCUCUUAUAGCCAUGAUUAAACAUCCCCCAGGACCCAGGCCUUUGUCUGUCAAUUCUCGGUCUCUGUCGCCAUUACAAGCUACCCUGCAACAUGCGGUUGACAGAGGGGAAGAUACCCAGGGCUUUCAUUUAGCUUGUCCAGUAUUUGAGGAAGCUGACGCUCAAGGGAAUAUGGUCAGAAUCCAUUGGCCAAUAUCUUUUAAGCAACUCAAAAAGUUAAAAAUGGCAUGUGCGCAAUAUGGCCCUACCGCACCUUUUACUCAGGCUAUGUUAGAAUCGUUGAGCACAGAGGCGUUGCCUCCCGGAGAUUGGAAACAGCUUGCUAAGGCAUGCCUAUCUGGGGGAGAUUACCUCCUUUGGAAAACAGAAUUUUCCGAGCAGUGUCAAAGAACAGCUGAAUUAAAUCAGGCUAAUAGAAAUGAUAUUGAUUAUGACAUGCUGGCAGGAGAAAGGCAAUAUGCGGACCUCGCCAAUCAAUUAUUGUUUCUUGCAGGAGUAUAUGCACAGGUCAAUUACGCUGCCAAGCAGGCAUGGCAGAAGCUGCCUUCUACAGAUAGGCAGACAGAAGAUUUAUCCAAAAUUAGGCAGGGACCUGAUGAGCCUUUUCAAGACUUUGUAGCCAGGUUAAUGCAGACUGCCAGUAGAUUGCUGGGAGAUUCCGAUGUGGGAUUGUUACUGGUCAAACAACUGGCUUAUGAAAAUGCCAAUACUGCCUGUCAGGCAGCCCUAAGACCAUUUAGAAAGAAAGGCACCAUUUCAGACUAUAUUAGAAUGUGUGCUGACAUUGGGCCUGCUUAUACUCAGGGCCUUGCCAUGGCAGCAGCUUUGCAAGGAAAAACAGUUAAAGAAGUGUUGUUCCAACAACAAAAGAGAAAUCCCAAAGGUAGGGUUCCGGGUCCGCCAGGGAGUUGUUUUAGAUGUGGUCAAAUAGGCCAUCAGGUGCUGCAAUGUCCCAGUAAGACUCCGCCAGCCAAUUCAAAUCCGUUCAGGACCUUUUCAGAGCAACCACAGGCAGCACAGGACUGGACCUCAGUCCCUCCGUCUUCACAGUAUUAACCCCAGAAAUGGGGAUGCAGGCCCUACCUACCGGAGUUUAUGGGCCCUUACCAUCAGGGAUGAUGGGAUUGCUUUUAGGUCGAAGUAGCGCUACUAUGAAUGGUAUUUUGGUUGUUCCUGGGGUCAUAGAUGGGGAUUUCACUGCAGAAAUUAAAAUCAUGACUCAUUCACCUACUGGGAUUUCUGUGAUAGAAGCAGAACAACGUAUAGUGCAGCUGCUGUUGCUCCCUCAAAUACUAACAAAUAAAGCAACAAAAAGAGAAAAAAGAGGAGAUAUUGGAUUCGACUCUUUAGAUGUUUAUUGGGUAUGGUCUAUAGGAGCCCAACGAUCUGUGCUCACCCUGACCAUCGAUGGGAAAAAUUUUCAGGGUCUACUGGACACUGGGGCUGACGUCUCAGUUCUAACUACAGACCAAUGGCCUAUGGCAUGGCCUAAACAAUCAACAAUGACACAAUUACAAGGAAUAGGUCAAAGCCAAAGCACUGAACAGAGUAGUGAUAUGUUAUUUUGGAAAGAUGCUGAGGGUCAUCAGGGUAGAUUCCAGCCGUAUAUUGUGCCGGGGCUGCUGGUUAAUUUAUGGGGCAGAGAUGUUAUGAAAGAAAUGGAGGUGUAUUUAUAUAGUCCUAGUGAACAGGUCACCCACCGAAUGUUUGAACAAGGGCUUUUACCUAAUCAAGGCUUGGGAACUAAAGGUCAGGGGAUACAGGAGCCUUUAAUGCUGAUCCAACGACCUCCAAAAACAGGCUUAGGGCUUUUUUAAAGGAGGCCACUGGUCAGCCUGUACUCCACGUGGAUCCCAUUACUUGGAAAAGUGAGGAACCUGUGUGGGUGGAUCAGUGGCCUCUCACCGAGGAAAAAAUUGAAGCUGCUGAGCAGUUAGUACAGGAACAGCUCGAUAGCAGACAUGUAGCUCCUUCUAAUUCUCCUUGGAACUCUUCUAUCUUUGUCAUUAAUAAAAAAUCGGGGAAAUGGAGAUUAUUACAAAAUCUUAGAAAAGUCAAUCAGACUAUGGAAGUAAUGGGAGCUUUGCAACCAGGAUUGCCUAUGCCAUCAGCUUUGCCUGGAAAUACUUAUAAAAUCAUUGUAGAUUUAAAGGAUUGUUUUUAUACUAUUCCACUUGCUCCUGAAGAUUGUAAGCGAUUUGCUUUUAGCAUACCCUCAACAAAUUUUA